UAAGCAUUUCCCCAACUUUAUCGCGCGUGGCUCCAGAAAAGCGUCGGCCGCUAUGACAGAUCAGUCACCAACUCCGGCGCAGAUGCUGGCUGAAGCCAUCAUCUUCUGGGUGAUUGGUUUCAUAUUAUUUCUUGGUAGAAUUUGGUCUCGUGCAAUAAGCAACGGCGGCAUACGGAACCUGCAGACCGAUGACUACCUCAUGGCACUUGCUGUCAUAUUCUGGACCGCACUCUUGAUUUUGCUUCAAGUCUCUUCCCGAUACGAAACAAAUUUGUUCCCGAAGUCGCAACUGCAGUCCAUCCUUGCCAACCCGAAGGACGUCUCCAACCGCAUAUACGGAAGUAAAGUAACCGUCGCCGUCGAACAAUGCAUGAUUUCAGCGACCUGGUUGAUCAAAGCAUGUUUGCUUUACCUCUACGAUAGGAUGACAACAUCAUUGAAAGAGAACAAGUUUGUCAGAGCAGUUUCGAUCUAUACUGCCAUCACGUACGUCGUCCAGCAAAUCUUCUAUUUCGGAAUCUGGUGUCGCCCGUUCCAAGACUACUGGGCCGUUCCUCCGGACAACGAACAAUGUGCGAAUUACGCCAAUCACUUGAUAAUGGGGGCUACGUUCAACAUCUCAUCGGAUGCCCUUAUGUUGUUGAUUCCCGUUCCAUUAAUCAUGCGGGCUCAAAUGAAACUCCAAAAGAAGGCCAUACUGUGUGCCGUAUUCAGCCUCGGCAUAUUCGUCAUCAUUGCAGCAAUCUUAAACAAGUAUUACAACUUCGCAUUGCCAGGGCAAACGGUGUAUAUGCUGUGGUACAUUCGGGAAUGCAGCACGAGCAUCUUCGUCUCCAACAUUGCUUGCUGGUGGCCUCUACUCCGCAAGCUGUUCAAGUUCAAAUCCUUUGAAUACGGCAGCUACAAGCAAAAGAGUCCGGGCUAUGGCUACGAUGCCAGUGGAGUCAAAGGCACAGGCAAGCGUGCGACGAACAAAGGCUCGAACAUUAUGUUGUCUGUUCUCCGAGACAAGGCCUUCAACACUCUCGGCUCGAAGGAUACCAGCGAAGAUCGGCGGCACGCAGGCUACUCAACAAGCGAGGAGAACAUUAAUAAUCCCAGUCACGGCAUGCCUCUGGAAAUCUGGCAUCAAGUCGAGUAUGACGUCGAACAAGGACCAGAACCCACUACUCCCCACCCCUCUGACAAUACGUACAAAGCUCAGGUCACUGUGACCUUGUCACGUGCAAGCAGCCAACGCUCGACCGCAAGUCAUCCCAGUUCCCUGGAACGACGGCUAGAAGAGACAAGCAGGGCUUCAAGUCGCCAGAAUCAUUCCCGUUAA